GAGCACCGGAGUAGCAGUAGAGUAGAGUAGAAGUAGAGGUAUAGUCAUAGUGUAUUGUUCCAAUCGGCCAUACGCGAAAUAUUUAGAUGCAUACGGGCUGUCGCGUUGUGAGGACGUGUUUUCGCCGAUGUUCCGGAGUGAAUUUAACCUGCUAUAAAUUAUUGAUAAAAUCCUGUUUACACAUACCUGCAAAUAAAAACAACCAAACAUUGUAUCACACAAACAUACAAACACACACACACACAUGCAUGGAUAUACUACACACAUGUGGAUAAUAUAUAGAGCAUUUUGUUGUAAUUAUCUGUGCGAUGCGGUUAUCGCCAGCGCCACUUCUUCGCUAAGUGGGAGAGAACAAUCGACGGAUAAUAAUAAUUGAACGUCCCUACGUUGUUGUCAUCAUCGACUUUGACUUCGACUUCGACUUCGACAUCGCAAUCGCCAUCGAGCAUCGACAUACGACAACGACUACGAAUCGCGGUAGCACCGGAUUAGUGUUAUUUUGUGACAUCACACGCACUUUAAGACUCGUCGGACAUUGUUGUCGUUUCGAAGAAGAAAUGUCAAAAAAAGGACAUCACCAACACCAAUUUGUAUUCCACGAAAUUCUCGAGUCAAAUUUUUACAAAACAAAAUAAACAAAAAUUUAAAUUUAAAUUUUGUUUCAAAAUAAAAUUCCAAAAAGAAAAACAAUUUCUUACUGUAAACACACAUUUUCCAAUUAUUUCCAUUUUCCUGACGCAGGUGAAUGCUUCUCUGUGUUAUCAUCAUUCACCUGUUUGUGAUUUUGAAAUAAAUAAAAAAAAAAAACUAAACUAAACCUAAUCGUGCAAUUUUCGUAAAUUAAUAAUUUUAUUUUUCUUCGAAUGUGUAAAUUUAUCUGUGAAAUUUAAUUAAAGUGCACUUUUUUGUCAUUUUGCCAAAUGGGAUAUUAUAACGGAUUAUUCUAUCGAUCUAUCAUAAACAAUUCCAAUUGGAUUAAUAAGCUCGAUUUUAUGAAUUAUCGUGAUGUGCAAUUGUUGUUGUCCUUAAGGGAGUUAACAUAUUUUGUUUAAAGGCCCACUAACAUUUUAGUGGCAAAUAUUGGUUCCUAUAUAUAACAAAUAAAUAUGAUAAGGUGUAUAAAUAAAUAAUUAGUGUUAAUAAACAAUAAAAAUGCAAAGAUUUAAAUAUUGAUGAAUAAAGAAAAAAAAAAGGAAGUAAAUUUUGACAUGUCUCAAAGAAAAUACAUUCUUAAAGUGACCCUAAAAAGUGUUUUAUCAUAAAGUGAGACACAUGAGGAUACACCUUCUCCCCCUCAAAUAACAACGAAUAUACAAAUUUUCAUAAAAAAAAAAUCUUUAAAAAUAUCUGAUAAGCAAACGGAAUUCGUCAUAAAUUUAAAACUGCAAUCCUGGAGAGGAUCAACUGAUAUUUUCUUGGAAGAAUCCUCCCCUCCUCUGUAAUCCGAGACAUACCGGAACAAUGAGAAUCAAAAUGCCUGCAGUUCGGAUUGCACAAGCAGAUUCGGAAUCUUCUGAUGCGGACCCAGCUGCACAGGAUAUUUUGACUUGCGGAUCGUGUCAGAAAGCCUUUGCACUUUCUGAUAUUGUCCGAUUUAUACAACACAAAGUAUUACAAUGCAAUAAGGAAAACUAUGGUCAAUGUCUCACACAAGGUCCUGCAAGUGAUAGAGACGCCGACGAUGGUCGACCUCUUAGUCUAGUUAAUCGUAGACCAUCCAUAUCAGCUCCGAUAACAAAUCGUAAGCCAUCCGGAACCCGAAUACAUACACCGCCCCCUAGUCCAGCUGAUUUGUUAGCCGAUGGAGCAUCAAGUACACCUAAACGGCUUGUUGAUGAAAAUGGUAAUACAACACCUAAAGGUGACACUUCAUCAACAAACCGAACUGAAAGUCCCCACAUCGAGGAACAAAUUGAAAAAUCCACCUCCAACGAUACAGAUUGUGAAAAACCAAGUAGCUUGCACAUCAAAGAAGAACAAAACGAGUGCGGCUCGAAUCCAGACGAUGAUAGUCACAUAGCUUCAGCGUCCAAUGAAGGUCAGCCGCCAAGUAAAAAACCAAAAAUCGAAGUAGCCGACGCCGAAUCGAACACUUUAAAUAGUGAACCCAGUAACUACACAUGUUCCACCUGCAAAACACGUUACAAUUCAGCGUGGCGACUAAUUCAGCAUGUUCAGCACUCGCACGGCGUUAAGAUCUACGUCGAAUUUUCUUCAUCAACCUCAUCGGCAUCUUCGUCGGCGUCAUCAUCGCUAUCAACGUCCACAUCGCUUCUGUCCUCGUCAGCGACUUCUUUGUCACUUGGUCAUUCAGCGCAGAAAAUGCUGAGUGGUGCUCUUGCCAAUAGUACAAUCAACAACAAUACCAGCUCCGCCAGUUCUCAUUGCUCAUCAACAUCGCCGGUUAGCCAGAGUAAGAGUGUGUUGGAACCUCAGAACCAGCUACUGCAACAACAGCAGCAGCAACAACAACAACAUCAGCAACAACUUCAACAACAACAGCAGCAGCAACAACAACAACAAGCACAACAACAAGUGCACCAGCAACAGCAACAACAGCAACAACAACAGCAGCAAAACAGUCUUACCACCGCUAUGCAAAAUGCUCAAAACCUAGCAGCUGCAGCUGCAGCUGGCAUGAGACAUCAUCCACUCCUUCCACCACCGGAUAUGCAUGCCAAUCCCUUCAACCUAUUGCGAAUGCCUCUACCGCCAUUAGCACAAGGUCCAGUAGUUCCUCCGGUUGCUCCGCUUUUCUCGCGACCGCAUGCGGCCGAUCACUACCGCAUGGAGCAACUCGUCUCCGAGCAAUUUCGCCACCAUGGCCUUAAUUUGGCAGCUGCGGCAGUAGCAGCGGCAAAUUCGCUAGCGGCACCCCAUUCAAACCAGACAUUCAAUGCCAACACAGUGAAUCAUUCGGCUAGCAAUAAGGAACGUCCACCUUCGUCGUCGAGCAGUCACGGUUCCAUACCGCCAAUGCAACAGACACGUCUCAAUAAUACCCGUCAGCCAAGCAGUCAUCAACUUGAACCGCAGAUGGAUUUUUACUCGCAGCGAUUGCGUCAGCUUGCAGGAACAACGAGUCCUGGAGCUGGAAACACUGGUAACUCGAACUCGCCGAGUCCCCGGCAAAAGCAAUCGCCUUCGAAUUUCGCGAGCCCAUCACCCUCCCAGCUACCUCCGACGCCGGUCACAAGUAAUUCCCGUCCUCAGAGUUUAACACCGCCAGAAAAGAUUGGUGGCACGAGUCUUGGUGAAGGUGACAACGGUACAACCCACCUUAACACCACACCUCGCUCUGCAUCUACACCACCAUCGAAACCAAGCCAGGAUAGCAGUGCUGCAAUUUAUUCGUGCGAUUUCUGCGAAAAGAACUUCCGAUUCGAGAACAAUCUCAUCAUCCACCGACGCAUUCACACCGGUGAAAAACCAUACAAGUGUGUUCAGUGUGAGUUCGAAUGCUGCCACAUCAACAAACUGAAGAAGCACAUGAAGGUUCAUGUGAAACCCGAAGAUGGUGCCAGCAAUGCUGGAUCCCUGGAGACUCUCGAUGGAGAAGACUCUGGUGAAGAGGACAUGGCCGAAGAGGAGGCCUUCGAUGAGGAUGAUGAUGACGAAAUGGAGGACGGGGAAGAUGGUGAAUAUGAAGCCGAGGACUUGAGUGUGAAUAACCGGACGAUGGAUGACAAGCCGGGCAUGGGCAUGGGAAACUCCACGUCAAACUCGCUCGUUGGUGAACUCAUGGACAAGUUUGGUUUGUCCAACAUUGCCCAGUACUCCGAAGCUUACAAACAAGCCCUGCAAGAAUCCGGCAACGCAAUGAAGAUGCAGCUGAACAACAAGGACUUGGACAAUAACAAUAGCAAUUCUUCAUUGCAAAAACUCAAUGGUCUACCUGCUGCCCUCAGACUCCGAGAAGAAUUCGCCAAGAGCAUGCUCCAUUCCCCAAACCACGGGCACGCUCAAUCGCAGGUUGCACCUCUGUUCAAUCCCUUCGAAAACCCCUUCGAGAUGUCGAAACGCAUGAAGAUGGAUAGUGCCGAAUGGUGGGGUAUGUCGGCUCUCCACCGAAACGAAUCGCUCUUCGAGAAUCUCAAAAUGAAACCCCUUUCAUCGCUUGGAUCUAACAGCUCACAGCUUCUGCAAGGUCCCCUUGUCAAAAAGGAGAGCAAACGCAACGACACCUGUGAAUAUUGCGGCAAAGUUUUCAAAAACUGCUCCAAUCUGACUGUCCACAGACGCAGUCACACCGGCGAAAAGCCCUACAAAUGCGAACUCUGCUCGUACGCAUGCGCCCAAUCAUCCAAGCUUACACGACACAUGAAGACUCACGGUCGUACCGGCAAAGACGUCUACCGUUGUCGUUUCUGUGAUAUGCCUUUCAGUGUACCAUCAACGCUCGAAAAGCACAUGCGCAAGUGCGUAGUUAACCAAGGCAAAGCUGCCGCAGUCAAUGCAUCGAAUCUCGUCCAAGCCGCCCAACACCCCUCGCCUUCGCCACUAUCCUCCCACCUGCCCCAGCUGCCGAUGAUAUCCAGCAGUGGCAGUGUCGGUGGACUCACUGCCGAUGACGAUUCCAGUGCGUCCGUAAUAAGCAAAGAAGGUGCAUGACUUUACCAGAAUUGGGUCGGCUAUCAUCAUCAUCAACACCAUCUCCACCAUCACCACCAGAUGCCGCCCUCGUCACGUGUUAUGUCUCGCAUAUUUUAAGCAAUCCUAUAUAAGUGUACAUAUGAAACCACCACCUUCUCCUCGAUCGAUGGUGAGUCUGUAAAUAAAAACAAAUCUGUAAAUUCUUUGUUUGUAUACCAGUUUAAAAGAUACAUCACAGCACGCCAUCUGGUGUCAGGGAUUGUAUCCUGUGACUUUUUAAAAGUUAAAAAAUUCUGUAAAUAAAUUUUUUAAAAAUGAAAACCCGCCCCAACUAAUGUUCAGUAAUAUAAAAUUAAUUUAACAAGAGGCAUUUAAUACCAAAGGAAUGAAUUAUACUUAAAAAACAAAAUAAACAAUAAAUAUUAAAAAAAAAAUUCUUUGUUAUAUAAGUUUGUAAAUAAAAGUAUUAAUAAAAUAGAAAAAACAAACAAACCAGAAGACAUGAGUGUGGAUUUGUAUAAGAAUCUUAAAUUUAAAUAAAACAAUUAUUAAGAAAAAAUGAAAAAUAAAACAAAAACUUACAAAAAAAAAAUAUUAGAAUGUUCCAAAAGUUGUGUGUUAUUUUUAAAAAAUAUUUAGGCCCGUAAAUUUGUAGAAUUUCUAUUUAUUAGAAAUAAACAAAACAAAAAUCGUAUAACAAUUUUUAUUAUGAGUCUGUUUGUACCAGUUUAAAAUAUAUAGGAAAGUAUUUCUGUUUAAAUUCUUUUAUAUAUUAUUUUUUUUUUAUAAAUAUUUUGUAAUUUGUUUUUUUUUUUUUAUACACAUUUAUACUAUUUUAUAAAUAUUUAUUUCAUUUUAAUAUUUGUUUAAGGUUCGAAAAAUUUCUUGGUUAGAAAUAAAAAAAAAAUUAUUUUUUUUAUAACAUUAUUAUGGAAAAAUGGAUUUUUAAUUAUUUGUUAUUUAUUGAACGAUGAGAAAAGAGUAAAAUGUUGCAUUUGUUUUGUGAAAAUGGAAAUUAAAUUAAAGAAAAAAUAAAGUUGUUUUUAGAAAAAUUUUAAGAAAAUAGGCUUAAAAAUCCUAAGACUGACUUAAUUAAGAUUGUUUUCUUAUUUUGUGCAACACAGUUUUUGAUGUUUUUGUAAUAAUUUUUAAUUUGAUGAGCAACAAAAAAAAAAACAAAUUGUGAAGGGUCGCCAACAACUUUUUUUCUAAGAUACCAAAGAAAUUAUUAUUUGUCAAUAGCCCACUAAACUUGAAAUUCAUAAUUUUUUGUUUAUGAACUUUUUUCUCUAGAAGAAUUACUUUCCAAAAACGAUUAAAUUUAUAAAUUCUUGAACUUUGGCAACUCCUUUACAUACAACUUCUGCUCUUAAAAACUAAUUCCUUGUUUCGAUUUUUUUUUUUGAAAUCGCAUCUUUUUAGGGAGCUUAUUUUCUGAUCAAUUGUUUAUUUUUUUGUAUUUUGUUUAGAAAGUUAAUAAAUUAAUUUUGUAUGAAAAAGUUCCCUAAAGAAAUUGCGAUUAAUAUUUAAUGAAAAAAAUAUAAUUACAAAACUAAAUUUAGAAAGAAAACAAUCCACUCGCAUUUUUCUCAAAUUUUAUUUGGUUUUUUUAACUAAUACAUAAAUGUACAAAAAUGUUUGCUUCGAUCUUAUUUUUACACAGAAUUUUAUGUAAUUGUACAAUAUAUCAACAAACAAACAAAAAGAAAUAUUUUUUUAUGUACAAAACUAAGAUUUUAAAACAAAAAUCUUAGUACUUUACAAAUAAGAUAAAAGAAAAACUUACGAAUUUCCAAACAAAAACAAAAAAAAAAAUAACUAAAAUAAAUAAACUCAUUAAAAUUUAAGCAACAAAAUUACGAAAACAGGAUUUAACAAAAACAAUAACACAAAAUUGUGCAUGUAGCAAAAUAAAGAAGACAAACUUAAUUUAAUUCAGAGAUGUUUCCACGUACAUUCAAACAAUAAUAAUAAAUUAAAAAACAAAAAAAUUAAAUUUAAAAUUCUCGCGUAUGUGGAAAUAGUUAAAAUUGGUGGUAUUAAAUAAAUUGAAUAGCAAAUAAAUUGAUAAAUAAAAAAAAACACAUUAUUAAAAUUAACAAAAAAGAAAAAAGACGUUUUUAAAAUCCAUAUAGGAAAAUAUUAUUAUUAUUAUUAUUAAUUAUUAUUAUCGAUUUAGCUCCUUAAGUAUGAGAUGAAACAAAAACAAAAAAAA